AUGCCUAGUGGGCGUAGUUCUCAUCGCAAGUCCGGUGGCUUCCUAGAAGCUCUCGGACAGUGGACCAUGGGCACUGAGACUACUCGUCGCAAUUCCCAUCGCAGUUCCCAUCACAGCUCUCGUCCGCAUCGUGAUACCGAAGCAUACAGACAGGCUCGUCUUGACAAUGCACCGCCUGGACUGAACCUCACGGCUCGCCAGUGGCGAGAGUACGCCGACCAUGUCCCUGCCGGGUACUGCACAGACGAAGAGGAUGGAGAUGGUGGCCAUGAGGACGUGAGACGAUUUCUCCCCCCAGCGCCACAGCCUGAGCCUGAGCCUGAGCCGGUUCAAUUUCGUUCUGCAUGGUCGCACUCUUCAAGUUCGGCGGUGACUCGUGCGCAUGGGACUGUUAGACGACGAGACUCGCCUCUAGACCGUAUCAUUGGUCAGAUUCCUUGUUCGCCAAUGUUUCUCGCUUUGAGGAACGGCGAGGUGUAG